AUCCGGACGUGACAUAACUCUGCACAUCAUCAUCUCUCCUCCCAUCUUCUUCAGCUCAGUUAAGGCUACGUUUACCUACAGACAGACAGACAGACAGACAUCCUGGUCCCGGAGCAGAGCAGAGCGAGUCCUGGUCCACGAUCUGAACCAGUAGAGGAACAAUAAUGUGGCUGCUCGUGUUGGCCAGUUUGCUUCACUGCGCCUCGGCCUAUGAUGUGGACGUGAAGAAGCUGGAGGGGCUGGCAAAGGCGAGGGUGGAGUCGUGUGGUGGAUGACAGCUGAACAGGCUCAGAGAGGUGAAAGCCUUUGUGGUCCAGGACAUUCCUCUUUACCAUAAUCUGGUGAUGAAGCACAUUCCUGGGGCCGACCCUGAGCUUGUCCUCCUGAACCACUAUUUUGAAGAGCUGGAUCGUAUCGCCCUGUCUGACAUGACCCAAUCUGAGAUCAACGAGCUGCUGGAGAAGCUGGGCUUCUACAAGAAGGCUGAACCUGAGGACGAGGUGCCCGAAGAGUUCCGCUUCUCUCCUGCCAAAGACAGCCCGUUUAAAGACGAGGCGCCGUACAAAUCCGCCACUGCCUCUCCCACCACAGAGAACGCCUCCUCAGAGCCCAAAGCAGAGGCACAGCAUACUGACCUAUAACCCGUCAGAGUGGAGAAAAGUAGGAAUCUCACAGUACCACUAAGCCCCAUAGCUGCUCCACGACCAGCUGGUUAUUGAUGACAGAAAUGCUUGUCAUUACAAAAUAAGACCAGCCGAUCCUGGAUCAGCCUUUGGGCAAGGACACAAUCUUAGCAUCAGCAAAAGGCCUUUAAAAGGUCCACAGUCUGAAUUUGCACAUUGUUCUUCUUCUUGCUGUUUGUUCUUAUUUUUGCAGCGAUAAUAACCUAACAAGCUGCUUUGUGAGUGCUUUUCUACUCUCUACACAAAGACUGGAAGUGUGUACGUCUUAUUUUGUUUUGCAGUCCAUCAUGUGUCAGCUGUCUUCAGGAUCCUCGCUUCUCUUAAGUUCUCUUGUGUGUCUGAUUACUUCCUACCUACUGUGAAACUGAAUGAAGCCUCAGGCUGAAAAACUGUCUGACUGGCCUGAGGCUGAUGCUACAUGUUCUGGUGGGUUGGACUGAUGCACACAGGAGGACUCAAGUGGAAGCGUUGUAAUAGAAAAAAAUAAUAAAAUCUUUGAAAACAUAA